CCAGGAUGCAUUGGGAAGCGUUGGCGAGGUUUGUGACGCAGUUUGCACUCACGGCCGAAAGCCUCCCCACACUGCUCAGUGCGGAGGAACAACGCCGCCAUACCAGACUUACCGGGCGGAAUACCGCACGCAAGCAGAAAGGAUAUAUAUGAGCUGGUGUUUCCAAAGGAAUGAACAACAAUUCAUCACACCAAAACACCAAGCAGCAAAGAACUGCGACGAGAAAGCAAAACAAACACGCAAUCUCACCUUUGUCAAGUCCGAGUCGAACAGCCAAUCAGCAUCGACUCACCACAUCUGCGCAUCAAUCACACGCAAGCAUCACCCACUUUCCCACAUCAAACCGUCAAUAUGUGCUGCAGCCGACGUAAGGGUGGCCAGUCCACUUCCGCCCUCGCUGUCCUCGGCAAGAAGGCUUACGAGAAGUACCGCGAGCACAAGGCUGCCAAGCAAGCCCUCGCCAUCGCUCGAGGAGAAUCACCGGACUCGGACUAUGCACGCAACGUGUCGGUGGAGGCCUUGCCUGACCGGGCUAAUGGUGAGGCUCUCGAGAAAGCCGGAAUCGCUCCGCCAAGUUACCACGAUGUCGUCGCCAAUCGGGCCGUCGUUUCUGCUGAGCAGAAGCCGAUGGUCGAGGAGAAGCGUGGCUGGGAGGAGAAGUUCCAUCCUGACGACUUUCGAGGAGAUGGGGAAGCCGUCGUUCUCGCUUCUGGUAGUGGUGUCAUUGCCAGAAGCUACGGCAGUAUCGGAGCCGGACCGUCCGGCCCUCCUGCCUACGAGGGAUGUUGCGCACGCAAGAAGCGCGAGCGGGCUGAGAGGAGGGCUGCGAGGCAGGCGAGGGGAGGUUGCUGUUGCUGAAGAGUGUCACGAAUGGUAUUGGGACCGGUGAUGGAAGUAUAUUUGGGCGAGCGGAGAGUCAAUGUUCAGAUCGCUGAUAUCUUAUACUGGAGGCCGCGAGAGUAUCUGAUUAUCUUGUGUCGCAAGCUUUUGAUGCAGCAAGGUCGAUGUCAGACAGUUUUUGAGUAGUCAUUUUCAUGUCAAGUGUUGGCAUAUAGAUAGGUAAGGUAAGAACGAUUCCGCG